AUGUCGGGCGKCUGGAACACGAUUGAGUCGGACGCUGGAGUCUUCACUUUCCUCAUAGAAUCUUUGGGGGUCAAGAACGUCCAAUUCGAAGAGCUGAUCUCGCUCGACGCGGAGUCGCUGCAGCAGCUCAAUCCAAAGGGUGUCAUCUUCCUCUUCAAAUAUCCGACGGAUGAGAAGCGAAGUAAAGAGAAACCUCUCGACGGCGAAUUCGACUAUGCUGCCCUAGAGCAAAGUCCGGAUGGCGAAGACGGUCCGGUCUGGUUUGCCGCGCAGACGAUUCAAAAUGCAUGUGGAACGCAAGCAUUGCUGAGCGUACUACUCAACAAAGAUGGGGUUGAAGAUGAAGGCGGAGUGGACAUUGGCCCAAAUUUGAAAGACUUCAAGGACUUCACCGCCGCUUUUCCCUCAGACCUACGCGGUGAGGCUCUCUCAAACUCCGAAAUCAUACGAAACGUUCACAACUCCUUUGCUCGCUCAUCGCCUUUUGUCUCCGAUGAGACCCGCAUGGCUACCGCCGACGACGAUGUCUACCAUUUCAUUGCCUACGCCUCGAUCAACAGCACACUCUACGAACUCGAUGGAUUACAACCUGCUCCGAUCAGACAUGGCGAUCCCGGUGCUUGUCCUGCAGAGAUCUUCAGUGACGCCGUGAUCCCUGUCCUACAGCGGCGGAUAGAACGCUACCCACAAACUGAGAUUCGCUUCAACCUCCUAGCCAUGUGCGAGGAUCUGAGAUCAAGGGCAAGAGAGGUGGGCGAUCAGGAAUGGCUGGCGAGAGAAGAGCAGAAGCGGGUAGACUGGCGGAACGAGAAUGCGCUGCGGAGGCACAACUUCGUUGGGUUCAUCGGAGAAAUGAUGAAAGGAGUGACGGCCGCAAAAGUCAAGGACGGAAGUUAUGAGAAAUGGAUUGAUGAUGCAAAGGCCGCAACAGAGAAGAGAGUCCAGGAAAAGCAGAAGCGUGGGCAAGCUGCUGAUGAGAUGGACAUGUCAUGA